AUGGGAGCAAUACAUGCAAUAGAAUCUAAAUUGGCAGAUGCUAGAUCUGCACAUGAUACUAAUAAUCUUGAAACAUUGUCAUUAAUAUGGCUCGAUGACUCAAUCAAAAACAGCAAAGAAAGUCUUAUAAUUGAACAAAAACUUCGUACGGUAAUCCAUCAUGUAACAAUCUUUCACGAUACUCUUGAUGAGCCACUUUCAGCCAGUAUUUUAGCACUAAAUAGUAAUCAAAAUCAAUCAACAACUGAACUUAAUGGUCAAUUCAUUCAUUCAGAAGUAUCAAUGGAUGUUCUUCUACGAAUGAAAUCAAAACCAACGGACAAAAACGAGUUGAUCAAACUAUAUAAAGAAACGUACAAAGACAAUAUGAAAGAAUUAACAAUGAUCGAUGAAUUCGAACAAAAUUACUCACCUGAUCGAGCUCUCUGGUGGUAUACACGUGACUCAUUUCUUUAUCGUUUACUAAACAAAGCUCUUCGUGUUCAAAAUAUUGAUAUGAUUUUUCUCUUUCGAUUUUUUAUUCGCGAUAUUGAACAACAACUUAAACAACAUAAAUGUACAGCACCCAUACGUGUAUAUCGAGGUCAAGUGAUGUCAAACGAAGAACUAAAAGUUUUAAGAAACUCUAUUGGACAUUUCAUCUCCAUGAAAUCAUUUCUUUCGACGAGUAUUGAACAGAAACAAGCACUUAAAUUUCUUAAUGCUACUACUAUCACAGACGAUUUGCAACGUGUUUUGAUUGUGAUCGAUGCUGAUCCUCGAAUUGAUGGUGUCAAGCCUUUUGCCAACAUUACCGUCCACAGCUAUUUCCCAGGCGAAAAAGAAGUACUUAUGAUGUUAGGUGAUAAGCAACACACAUGGAAGCCUGUCUUUGAACAUAUGAAAAAUCAACACGGUAGAGAUGAUGGACAGACUGAUCUUCUUUCAUUUGGUUCUGUACUCAGUAAUAUGGGUAAAUAUGAUGAUGCUGAAAGAUAUUUCCAUCGUUUACUCAAUGAACUUCCUCAUGACGAUGAUGGCAUUGCUCAUUGCUAUCAUAAUCUUGGCGAGAUUGCUCUUGAAAAGGGUGACUAUGAAGUUAGCCUCGAAUGGUUCUAUAAAUCGCUCGAAAUCAAAAUGCAAACACUUGAAUUGCAUCAUCCUGACCUUGCCGAGAGUCACAACAGUAUAGGAAUAGUUUAUCGAAAGAAAGGUGAUUAA